AUGCACAACAGGCAUCAUAGGAAUGGGCCCGGUAAUGGGUACAGGUCGAAUGUGAUGGGGAUGGGAGGCACGGCCUCUGCCUCAAGAGUUCCCCCUGAAAGUAACUUUAGAGGUCAGCGCAUGUACAGUCCCGACCAUAGGAGCUACCCUCGUGGUGGUUAUUCUAGCGGCAGUCACUCGAAGCAGUUUCAUCCGCCAGUGCCUCCUCCAAGGAGCCCCGACAUUUUUGUGGAGGCUGGGAGGCUAGCUGCCGAGUAUCUUGUUUCUAAAGGCGUGUUGCCCCCAAGUGCGCUCUGUGGAAAAUGGCCAAAUGAUGGCUUAAAGAAUGUGGCCAGUUUUCAGGGUUUCAGGCCGCACGAGGUAGAGGUUCACACAGAUAGCCGUGGGUCGGUCCAUUCCCGCCUGGGAAAUGCUGGUCCGGAUGUGGGGCCUGGAAGGAGAAAGUAUUCCGAGGAUAUCAGUGUAAUGGGUUCGAGGGGAUCAGGCAGGGAGAGAAAAAGAACCGGGCCGGUGAAAAGUUACGGGCCAGACGUGAACAGAGAUUCUGGCCGUAGCAUGUCCCGGUCUGAGAAGGUUAGUGGUUCCCAUGGCAUGGAUAGUGCUUCUGUUGGGCGUCAUGGUGAGAGGCUCCCGACGGAGAAAGUAGACGAAGGUGGGACACAUAAUUUGUCUCCCGGUGAAAUAACUCAAGAAGUAGAGGGUGAAGCUCGUUUUGGAUCUGGAUUGGAGAAAUCGAAGAUUUCAGAAGAUGAGAAGGCAAAUGACGAGAAGUGUUCACAACUGCAUGCUGCAGAUGGGGAAAAAGUGAAAAAUCACGACGAUGCUGACAAGUUUAACAAAGAGGUUGGUGAGAGUGAGAUUGAAGAAGGAAAAAAUGACGAGGAUUCACUGCAAAAACAUGAGGAGGGUGACGUUGUCAAAGGGGAGGAUGAUAUGGUUAGUGAGGAGGAUCCUAUUGAUUUGGUGAAACACUCUAAAUUUUUGAAUGUUUCCACUAGAGCUCGUUCAUCUUUGGUAGGUAAGAAUGCGAAGAGGUAUCAGGAGGAUGACAUAGAUAUGAAUGAGAAUGUUUACAAGAGAGACCUUCCGGAAGGUUCUGGAGUUCACGUUAUAGAUGUUGACAUUGAGACUUCAGCCGGUGACGCUGCUGCCUCUUGUCAAAAUCCUGAAUUUAAAAGCCAUGAGUCUGUGGUCCCAGCUGUUGAGGAUAAUCGGGAUGUUACUGAAAAACCCCUAUAUAAAGGACCUGAAGCAGAUGGGGGGCUGUCAGAGUUUGGAAGAUCAACUUCCUUGCUUGUGGAGAGAGGUGAAAAGCGGGCGAUAGAAUUUAGUACGGAUGUUAAGGAGGAUGUCAAAAGACUCAGGCAAUGGGUUGAGCCUCUUUCCAGCCCAAUGGAGAAUAAUUCAUUGUUGCAGGAGCCAAGAACUUCAUUGAGUGCUCAGUCAACUGAACUUCCUGACCGGAAAGGUGUUGAUGUUUCAAUAUUUCAGAAAGAUCAUGCUGACUCUUGUGAGUUCAUAGAAGAGAAGCACUCGUUUAAGACUUGUGAUCUCAAUCUUGUUGGGAAUAGUGAUGUAGGCGAGAAUCAUAACGCUGGCCGCAUGCUCGUUUUUCCGUCUCUCAUGCAAUCUGGAAAAGAGGCAACGCCUAUUGAUGUUGAUUUUUCAAUUAGUAAUGAUGGGAAUGUGCCUAAUAACAAUAGUAAAAAUGCUAUUAAUGCUAAUGAAAUCGAGGUUAUAGAUUUGGAGAAAGAUUGUGCACCGGAAGAAAAGACCUUCAGUAAUCCCGAUAGAAGGGGAGAUGCUGUAUUCACUGAUCUGGAUGGUUUUUCAAAUGCUUCACAUAAUGCUAAUGGAAUUCCUGAUGUUCAGGAUGGUUAUGGACUUAUGAUAUCAGAACUUCUUGGUCAUGACAACCCGAACUGUUCUUUAUCCACUCAAACUGACUUAAAUUCUUUGCACAAUCAUAUGGAUCUCCCUAACGCAGAGGGUAUUCUUGGCGACGAUGACUCGAUUUAUAUGUCCCUCGGAGAAAUACCAAUAAGCCUCUUGGGACCCUGGGAGCAGCCAAAUCAGGACUAUGGGAAACCGUUUUGA